AAGAAGAGGAAUGUGACAACUGGAGAGCAGGUAAUGGGUUAAGCUGAGUGGAGCGACAGAGACGGACGGCACUGACAGAGACGCUGACACGUCCUUCAGCCCUCACAUCACAGCAGCUUAGGAUUGGUUGACUAUGGCGCUGCCCGCAGCCUUUCUCUCUGAAGACCAGUUCACCUGCUCCAUUUGUCUCGAUGUGUUCGACAAUCCAAUCUCAACACCAUGUGGCCACAGCUUCUGCCAGGACUGUAUCACCUCCUAUUGGGACGGAGAAGGAGGCACCAAGGUCUACCAGUGUCCCCUUUGCAAGGAGUCGUUCCACAAGCGUCCGGAGCUCCAUAUCAACCGAACCUUGAAGGAAAUCACUGAACAGUUCAAGCAGCUGUCCACUGCUGCAGUGCCAACGGGUGGAGGAGGAGAGGAGAUUCCAAACGCAUGUUCCCACCAUGAUCCUCACCUGGCCCUGUCUCCAACCCAGAGGCCAGCAGAGAUGCCGCCGACCAUCUUUGCUGAGAUGAUAACUCGUUUUCAGCACGGGCCUCCUCCCCCCUACCUCAGUGACACUCAACCACAAAGCCCGAAUCGCCUGAACCCGCCUCCUCCAUACUCACCUCCGCGCAGGUACACUGUGAGCGGUGCAUGUGACUCUUCCGCCGAUCCACCGCCGUGUUCCAUCCACGCGAGAAGUCUUGAGUUCUUCUGUCAUACCGACAACACCUGCGUGUGCCGCCAGUGUGUGGAGGCAGGAGAGCACCAAGGACACCACGUCAGCCCUGCCAGGAGAGAGUGGCGCAUCAAGAAGUCCCAGUUAGGUAACACAGUGCUGGAGCUGAAAGAUCUCAUCUGCGUGAGAGAGAAGAAGGUGGUGGACAUACAGAAGUCUUUACUAGAAAUACAGGCUGCUGCUGAGAGGGACACAGAUGGAGCUAUGUGUGUGUUCACCGAGCUUAUCACCAGUUUGGAGUGGUGCCAAACGGAAGUCCUGGAGGCGGUGGAGAUGAACCGGCGUGCGGCUGAGCACAGAGCUCAGGGCCUGCUGAGGGAGCUGAAGGAGGAGAUCGCUGAGCUGAAGAGGAGGAGCUCAUCACUGAGCCAGCUGGCUCUGUCAGAAGACUACAUAAUGGGCCUCCGGAAAUUCCCUGCCCUCUCCAGCCCUCCACAGGCUAAGGACUGGUCCAGUGUGUGUGUGCAAUCUGAGCUGACCACAGGGGUCAUUCUCAGUACUGUCAAUCAAAUGAUGGAGCGCUUUAGAGAAGAGAUGCAGAAACUACCCAAAGCGUGCCAGCAUGCCUUAUUGGACCCGUCUGUACCCAGGUCCGACCCAAAGAGGAGGGUUCAAGACUAUGCAGCCAACAUCACUUUGGACGCCAGCACAGCACACCAACGUCUCAUCAUCUCACCAGACGGAAAGCAGGUGCACUGUGGAGAACGCAAUCAGCCAGUACCCAACAACCCCGAGCGCUUUGACCGGGUGGUGUGUGUGCUUGCCAAACAGGGCUUCAACUCGGGACGCCAUUACUGGGAGGUGGAGGUAGGGGAAAAGACCGAUUGGGACCUGGGAGUUGCAAGUCACUCCGUGAAUCGAAAAGGCAAAAUCACCGCAAGCCCCGCCCAUGGCUAUUGGUUCCUCAGCCUGCGGGAUCAGACCGAGUACGUCUUCCGAUCAGAACCCGCAACCAGCUUGACAGUCGGCCUGAGACCUUCCAGGAUUGGAAUCUAUGUGGACUACGAAAUGGGACUGGUGUCCUUCUACAACGUGAAAGACAAAGUGCUCAUCUACACUUUCUCAGAUCAUUUUUCUGACACCCUGCAUGCGUUCUUCAGUCCCUGUACCAAUAAAUCAGGACGGAAUGAGGCUCCACUGACCAUUUGUCCUGUUGCAAAGACGGAAUGAAAUGAGAGGACGUCUUUAUUAACCUUGUUUGUUGGAAGAAGACUGAGAUGCAGUUGUGGUAACAUCCCUACCCAUCGCAAAAGAGCAGACGUUCCCAACCUUACUCGUCCCAGUGAAUCAGAAUAUUUGAGCUCUGUUACAAGUGUGUUACAAGAGUUAUUCAAAUCAAAUCUUCCACAUUUGAUUUGCCUGCUACAAAGUGGGCGUGCUUAGAUUUGUGGCCCCACCCACACCCUCUUUGUCUCUAAAAUGCAGAUUGAUCGAUAAAUGGAGAUCCUGAUAUUGGCUUACAUAAGUACACGUUAUAUUUAGUUCUACAGGAAGAAAAGACUUGAUUUGAAAAGAAGAAAAAAUAUUAUUUCUUUGCCUAUAUUUUAUAGGUGCACAAUAUGAUGGGGACGGUGAUCUAAAAGGCUUAAUUUCAUCUCAACUUAAUGAACCCAUUUUCUGUCAUUGAUCAUUUGAGUAAGUUACAUGUUUUGUGGAUAUGUCGUGUUAUAUUUAAUACAACAAUAGUGUAGAGAAACAAAGAUAACCGUUACAUUUAAUGCUUUGCAAGCAGAUCAUGUUCUUCAAAAUCAGUUAUCCUGUCACUUUUAGUAACGUUUAAUAAUCCUCUGACUGUGUUUUUGUCUUUUUUUUUACCCAAUAGAGGUUGUGUUCACAUCACUCUUUGUCAGAAAUAAUUAUCCAAUCGUCAAAAAUACAAACUAAAUACCUCAGGAAAACAGCUUACACCCCCUCAAAUCAAGAUCUCCAGCAAACACUUCGAGGUCGGGAUUUGUAGGGAUGGUUCAGGAUUUUUCAGAUAGUCAUUAAGAAUAUUGUAGCUACCGGUUAGUCAGAUUUUGUAUAAUAACAUCCGGGCCGAUGCAAUAUUUGUUUGCAACACUGUUGUGUUCUAACAUGGAUAUUAAUAAAGUAAAUUAUGCACGAUGGGCAAGUUAAGACA